AUUUAUUUGCCAGUGAUAUUCCAAACAAUCCACAGUUCGUAUUCACCCACGACAGUGAGAAGAACCAAAUGGCUCCCACAUUGAAGAUCGCUCUCAUACAGUUGGCUGGAUUUCCAACAAAACAGGAAGCCAUAGCAAACGCCGUUAAUCAGAUCCGAAUUGCUGCCAAAGACAAAGGUGCUAAGCUGGUGGUUCUGCCCGAAUGCUGGAACUCCACCUACUGUACCGAUGAAUUUCCUCGUUCAGCUGAACGGAUUCCAUCUGGGGAAACCUCUCAAGCAUUGUCCAAAGUUGCUGCUGAACUGGGGAUCCACCUGGUUGGUGGAACGUUCCCGGAAGAAGAUGCUGGAAAACUUUAUAACACCUGCUCCGUUUGGGGACCAACUGGAGAGUUUCUCGGCAAGUAUCGCAAGAUGCAUCUCUUCGAUAUGGACAUCCCUGGCAGGUGCACCUUUAAGGAGUCGAGUGUUCUAACGGCUGGCAGUGAGUUCAUGACCUUCAACGUUGGUCAAGUGAAAGUUGGAUUGGGAAUUUGCUACGACCAGCGGUUCCCAGAGUUUGCAGCCAUCUAUCGGCAGCGAGGUUGUGACCUGAUGAUAUACCCAUCGGCAUUCGAUACCUACACCGGACCAAUGCACUUUGAAUUGAUUGCACAGGCCCGGGCCCUCGAUAAUGGCAUGUUUGUGGUGCUCUGUGCACCGGCGAGGGAUGCUUCGAAGGAUUACGUCGCCUAUGGAUACUCAACCGUUUGCGAUCCGUGGGGACGGGUCUUGUGCCGAGCAAAGGAAGGUCCUGAAACGUUGGUGGCUAAUUUGAACAUGGGACUGCGUGACGAAAUUCGUCGACAGAUUCCAGUACAGGAGCAGAAGAGAAGCGAUGUUUAUGAGUUGGUGUGCAAGAAGCAAUAAUAAACAAAGAGAUUACAUUUUUGCCGAUGAGCAUUUAAUCAUUAUUGAACUUGACCAGCGAGACUAUACAAGGAAGUCACGGUACCCCCAUCAUGGCUUCUUAGGUUAUCGAUGUGGUAAUCCCAGCUUUGGACACCGUCUGAAAUGAGACCUAGGUAUGAUGAAGGGUUCACUUUAAACGAAGAC